GCCACGUGUCAAGCUUAUGAGUGGCGGACAGGCUGCCACGUAUACAUGGUAGUUAUGAACCAGGGCAGUCCAAGCAAACGAACUCUGAAUCUUUUGGUUCCUAAACUUCGAUCCCAAAAGCUUUGAAUUUGAGUACAGAAAGAAGAAGAAGAAAUGGCAAUGAGGGCAGCUGCUUCAGCAUGUAAAAUUGGAGGAAGGCAAAGAAACCCUUCUCUCUCUUCAGUUCCUCUCUCUCUCCAACAACUCAAGCUCCAUCAAAUUCAACCCCAAAGAUUCAUAUCAGCCCCUCCUAUUAACCAACCUGGGUUUAAGUCUUCCGUAAGGGCUAUAAGUGGGGCAGCUGCAGAUCCUUUGACUCCAAAGAAAGAAAAUGAUCGAGAACAAACACCUCAGAAUUGGAAGAUUAAAAUGCUCUAUGACGGGGAUUGCCCCUUGUGCAUGCGAGAGGUGGACAUGCUGAGAGAGAGAAAUAAGCAAUAUGGUACCAUCAAGUUUGUUGACAUAAGUUCAGAUGACUACUCGCCAGAGAAGAAUCAAGGGCUGGACUACAAGACUGUUAUGGGAAACAUUCAUGCCAUCCUCUCUGAUGGAACUGUGGUCACUGAUGUCGAAGCAUUCAGAAAGCUCUACGAGCAAGUGGGGCUCGGAUGGGUAUAUGCCAUAACCAAAUACGAACCUAUUGCAACAAUAGCUGGUGCUGUAUAUGGCGUUUGGGCUAAAUAUCGUCUUCAAAUCACAGGCCGGCCACCCCUAGAAGAGGUUUUGGAGUUGCGAAAGAAGAACAAGGGAGAAGUAUGUAAAGAUGCAAAAGAUUGUAAACUUCCAGAGUAACUGGCACCAGUCGGGAUUUUGAAGGUUUGUGUUAGGUUGCUUCCAUCAUCUUCCAUAACUUUGGCUUUUAUACAAAUAUUAUAGAAAGGCAUGCAGGUGUAUAAGUUUUCACACAUACAUUCUUUUGCAGAAUAAAGAGACUCUAAGAAAAGACUUAGAGUACUUGGAUCUAAUAGAGGACAUGACACAGAACUGAGUGCAAUGGCGUUCUAGGAUUCAUAUAGCUGACCCCACUUAGUGGGAAAAGGCUUUAUUGUUGUUGUUGUUGUUGUUAUACAUUCUUUUGCAGAGUUAUAUGUAAACAAUCUGAUGAAGGUAAAACGUCGAUACGCUGAAUUUCUGCAAUGCUUCAGUUAAGCUUUGCUACAAAUUCAUUUAUGUUGUCAUC